CAAAAUGUUUAGUAUGAAUGUCUUUGUAAAUGUCACUGGACAAAUAAAAAAGUGCAGAAUACCCGAAGACCGCACAUAUUAGCCUCUCUAUUUUCAGAUCCGUUGUGUGUGGCGUGGACGUGAGUGAAGCUCGUCAGCAUUCUCCGGUCAGUGGGAGUGGUACAAAAGAAGGCUACAGCCGCACCACCUCAACGGACACACGGUAUGAAGUGUUUUACCCGUUCUCAGGAUUGACCGGUGUUUCGACCUAGUGGAUUAUAAAUGAUAAUUAAAGGGACAUUCUACGUUGAGAUCUGACCAUUGACCUCUCAAGGCUGGUGUUGUGUGAUCACUUUUCUGGAGCAGAACUACUGCCACAGUCACUUUCACUCUGCCACUGGACAACGGCACUUCUACGUCUGCCACCUGAGCUCUUACACGGGCUAGAAAAACUUGAUUGGAGAGUUGAAGAUGGAGAAUUACUACAAACUAUUCUCCCUGCUCAUGCUGUGCUUUACCAUUGCACCCUCAGCUUCCAGCCAGACGUGCAAGCCGGUGGAUCUGCCUAUCAGUCAGACCCCAUGGAUCGAGGUGCAGGAAAUGACCAUCGGCUGCUGGACGGCCUUCAUCGGGGACGACAAUGUUGAGGUGCACAUCCUCAACCUGCAUAUCAGUCCUGGGAAAAUGUUUAAUCUCAACGCAACCCUUGCCAGACCAAUGCAUCUCAUCCUCACAACAGACUCAAAAGACACAAAAGGCAUUUAUGCUUACAUCAACGCGAAUGAAAACGUCAAUUUUUCUGUAACCAAUAGCUCCAUGGGCUUUUACUCAGCCAAACCAAUACAUCGAAAAGACCUGCCCACAAACAAUACAGAGCUGCUGAAGUGGGCUACAGAGGCAUUUGGGGGAGUGACAUCUUUCACCACUCUGCACAACCCAAUGAACAUCAUCUUUACAGGAAGAGAGGGAACUAAACUUCCCAUCUCCACCUCAUGUAAACUUGAAAAUGAGGAUCCUAACUUAAAACACUUUUUGGUGUUGGAAUUUGAGCCGAAACAACUUAAGUCUUGCUCCACCCAACCAGAGAAGGGUGCUGAGGAAUUGUACAUCGUUAACAUACCAGAGACUAGCAGUGUUCGUUAUGUGUCAGUGAAUCUUAUCACAGACAAGAUGAUCGGUUUAUUUCUUAGAGGACCCAAAGGCACCUCUUGGGCAAUCCACAACACACAGCACACCAAAUUUGGUUCCAACAAUGAGAUUGAGUUUACGGGCAUGAGCAACCACAAAAUCCGACCCUCAGUAGAGACCAGCAGCGACAUAGCCGAGGAGGUACAGAGGAAAGCCCUGGAAUAUUUCAAAUCCAGCAGCAUCACUACCUACUUUGAGAUUCAACCAGUUGGCUCUACUAUCAUUCUGGUGCUUGGUCACAAGGAUGAUGUUAAAGACCCACAGUUUACCUCCACGGACCAAGUCCUCACCACACCCAGCCACCCCGAGCCACUCCUGCUGAUGCAGCUGUAUACCUCCCCAGAUUAUUCCUCUCCCCUAGACCCCAACACCAAGGUCCAAAGCGACAAGAGAAUUUACGCAGAGAUCUCAAGGCAGACUCUGGGUAUGAUCGUGCUGACCAUUAAGGUAAUCAAUUGCUCAGUACACUCCAAGGGCUCGUGCCCGGUGGUGCGAGACAUGCCCUUCAGGCCUGAGGCUUGCACUGCCACAGUGUGCCCAAACACCUCCCGUGUCAGCUUCUCCCUGGAGCAGCUGCAGGACCUGGCUUCCACUAACUGGGACCUGGAGUGCUCUGUCAAACUCUGCUUCAGUGAGAAAUGUGGGGAUGGAGGAAGAGUGAAGAGGAACUUGGAAGUCACUCAGACAUAUAUUCAACCACCAAGACCAUGUUUUGACUUUGGUCUUUCGGCUGUGUUGGGCAUUGCCUUUGGAGGAUUCCUGAUUGGAGUUCUCCUCAUUGGGGCUCUGUGGUUAAUCAAGAUUCGAACUGGAUAUCCCACCGGACUGGAUAUAAGUUCAACUGCAGCAAAUCUUUCAGGGUGUCCCUGCUCUCUGACCAAACAACAGCCAGUCCACACCAACCCCUCCCCAUCUGAAAACAGUAGUGCCAAUGCCAGCAUUGGCAGCACACAGAGCACGCCAACCAGCAGCAUGGCAUGAGGAUGUCACUGUAAUUUCAUCAUUAUUCUUGCCAUUCUGUAAUGUCAUUCAGAAUUGUUUGUUGCAAUCCCACUAUGUUUUCCAGAAUACCCUCUUUCUCCUCAUUUGGUUAAUAAAAAGCAAGCACACAUCCUAUCUUUAUGCCCUAAUCACACCCCAUUUGGGUGAGGUCAGGCUGGGUAGUCAAGACUUCUUCACACCCAUUCACCUGUCUCUAGUCUAACUUCUCAGACAGGAAUGAAAGCACAACAAAGUAACUAACAGGAAAAUAAUUGUCAUACUUUUUGAUGAAUUAUGUAUCUCUAAUGGCUGUAUAAUAGUCAUUCUGAGGGGAAAGGGAACAAAAUAAAUAUACACUAUAUUAGAGAAACACUUUUUGUUUCAUGACACACACUAUUUCUCUGAUUGUCAGAGGUAUCCUAUUUACUCCGAUACAGGCCCGAUGCCAAUUCAAAAGGAACUAUAUCAUGUGUAGGUUGACUUGGUUGGAAGAAUAAGCAUGCAUUUGUUUUGAGUGUAUCAACAAAGUUAAAAUACCAAAUGUUAUCUUCCCAUACCAAGGGGUAACUGUCUAAUACAAGUGAGAGAUUGGGAAAAGGCUACCUCUUAAUUUAUGUAGAAGUCUGUAGGCUAAGUAUGAUCUAAACAUAAUGCUUCUCUAGUGGAAUAGUAGCUUAUUUUCUGAAAUGUGUACUUAAGUUACAUCAUAUAUUGCUCUGAGCCAUUUGUAACUCACAGACUUGUAACUCUACAUUCAUGCAAGUUGAUCUUCCCAUGGGGGGCUAACACGAUGUCUUAUGAUAUAUACAGAACUAUUUAAAAUAAGGGAGAGAAAUCUUUUUUUUCUUAAGGGCUAGUCCUAGCUCUCAAAAGAAGAAAAGGGUUAACUAGCCACAAAUUAGGAUUCACAAAAAGAAAAAUCUAAGCUUGUAACAAAAAUAAAAUGAACUCAGGAAUCAGAACAAUUCAAUUGUAAUUUAAUGUUGCUUAUUGAGAAACAUAAUUACCGAGAGUAUUAGGUAUAUGUAAAAAUAGAUGGUUGAACCAUAAUUGUAAACCCCUCCAUUGUUGUUUUUGUAAUUGCACAAAUGUAAAUGUUUUUGUUUUUUUAUUACCUCAGGCUUAUCUCUAUAAAAAUAUUGUCUUUAAAUCAAGAAAUCAUUCAACCCCCCCCCCAAAAAAAAUAAAAUAAAAAUAAAAUAUG